AUAUUAAAUCUUAAGUCUAUACCUGUAAUAAUUGGGUGUAUGAAAUAUUAUUUAGAAGAAUUUUAUAAUCAAAGCAUUUUGUCUUUUUUUUUAUAAGGGUGAUAUAGGUUUCAUUUUGUUGUCAUUAAGGUACUCAAGCAGGUUCGAACCUGAGACCUCCCGGUUCUAUGCUAGUGGUAUUAGCCACUAGGCCAUCCAAAAAAAAUUUAAAAAUAAUACAUCGGACAUGUGAAAACUCAUAUACAUAGCAUAAGUAAUAAAAUGUGCAGCUAUUGUCUUCUGUAUUAAUAGGGAUCCUUCAGUAUUGGAUGCAAAUUUGUUAUGCCUAAACGGGUUCUCAAGCAGGUUCAGUUGGUCUGCUCUCAAUUUCUCUAGCAUGGUGGCGAAGAAGGACGAGCAAAAGUUAGUUGGGGUCGUAUAGCUAGACCACGAAAAGAGGGAGGCAUGGGAUUGCGAGAGCUUGUUGCCUGGAAUAAAGCUUGCACAAUCUGACUAGUAUGGUUGUUUCUGAUGAAGAGUGGGGCUAUCUAGGUUGCUUCGUUUCAGCAAUAUAAGGUGAAAACAAGUAGCAUUUGGACUAUCAAGGUUAGUCCAAGCAGUUCCUAGGUAUGGCAAUGUAUACUUAAGCUACGUUCGGAGAUUCAGCCUCAUAUGCAGGUAUGAAAUGGUCAGGUUUUCUGGGCUAACUGUUGUAUGCCAGUUUUUAAAGAUUUUUUUAUGUAUGGGAGACCUUGUGUAUAAAGUAUGUUGUGGUGGAAUGGGAGAGUCUCAUUUGGAGUAAGUAUAAGAUUCUCCGGAAUAUUUUUUUUUUUUUUUUUGGCUUUGAUGACUAUGGUGGAUGGUAUUGUGACCAAGGAUAAGCUGUUGAAAUGGGGAAAGUGGUCAAUGGUUUGUGUGUGCUCUGUAAUGCAGAAAUGGAUUCUCGUGAUCAUCUGUUCUUUCAAUGUGCCUAUGCCUGUAGAAUGUUAGCAAAUUUGCAUUUUGGUUCUCUUUGUCGAGACUCUUGGGUAGUCACAGCUGCAGCGGGUAUUAACAGUUGCGGGUGGCCGAUAGCACACAGGGUUGCUGGUCUUAUUUGAUGCAUUUGUUGUGCAGGGUUAUGGAAGGAACAUUGUCGUCGCAUUCAUGGUACAUCAGUCUGGACUGCGGAGGAACUUGUUAGGGAAACUAUUCUUGAUUUGAAUUCUGUGAGUAGGAACAAUGAGUGUCUAGAGGAGGGUUUGAGGGUUGUAGGCCUUGAUCAGGUUUAGAGGUUACUGUGGGUUUUUGCUCUUUUGUUUGGUUGUAGAAUGUUGAUCUUUCUUUUACAGGGUUGAAAAAAACUAUUCAUCCAAAUAUUAUAACACCAGAAUAGCACAUCUUAUCAAACUUCUUGAUCAUAGAUGAAGAAGAUGCAUAGCUAUGAUUUCGUCUAAAGUGAGUAUAUUUAGAAAAAAAUACAAAUGAUAAAGUAUUUUUUGUUAACUUUUCUAAUCAAUCAUUCUCAAUUAGAAGAGCUUUAAUUUUCAUACUCAACUAGCUAUUAUACGUAAUUUACGCAUUUUUCUCCUAAUGACCACCCUGCUACACCUCCUUCUUCCCUGGUUUGAAAUAUUUUUAUUUUAUUUUACAAAUUACCUUUUCUAAAAACGCGUAACUUACUCCUCAUGCAAGAGGGCAAUACAGGGUUUCUGCUCCUAUAAUAUAUAGACCCGUCAUACCCUCUAGAUACACAAUUCAGAGAGUAUUAACACAAGAGAGUGUUCUUCAGAGAGCUCCAGGUUUUACAUAAAUAAAGAGAUAGAGAGAGAGGUUAUUUCAUCUUGGAGGCUAACUACUGAUAAUCUGUUGUGUGUAAUACGAGAUAGUACUAGUGUCACAAAAAUUUAAAAGAAAGCGACCUAAUCCACGACUCGGCCAGAUCAAUAACCCUUUAUUUUCGGUUUCUCAUUAAGGAGUUGCAAACCUAGCUUUCUGAAACAUCCUUUGUCCCAAAGUCAAAUUUCAUGUGGGAAUUUAUCUGCAUUUCCUAUUAUUUUUCUUGCCUUGGUCGGUUAAGUAGAAGAAACCCAUGUGGAAAUUAAAGAGAAAGAUGAUGGUUGUUUGAAGUUGGCAAGAUUUUUUCAUGUGGAUUUUUUCUGCUGCUUUAUCCAAAAAUCUCUUUAAAGGGGAAAGAUGAAAGCCUAUAUAUUACUUGUAAUUGGUGAGAAUGGGUGAAGAAGAUUGUGAGUGGAUUUAAUCUGAUGAUGACGAUUUGGUUGUGGUUUCGAUAGGAGGUUGGGUUUGGGUAAGACGAAUUUGAGUGAAUGUCGUCUGCUUAGCCGUAGAUGUUUACCAAAUUGAGGGGGUUAUUUAUGUGGAAGCGUUCUCUCUAAAACGGGGCUUCCAAGUCUGUGCAGAUAUGAAACAUAUGUCUGGUCGGUGGAACAACCUUUGAUUAAAUUUCACCUCCUCAAAAUUGGUUGGUCUCAUGAAUCACUCGAUAUACAUGUGAGAAUAAAGAAAAAAGAACUAAAAAAACACCAGAUUGCAGAAAUUUGAGCACUUUACCGGUCAUCCUUCUGGCGAGCUUCUCAUGAUUUCAGUUGCCGCUCUUUCACCAAAUCUAAUAAUAUUCCAUCGAUUAAUUCCUCAUCACUCACACCUUCUUUCCUAGAGCGCCCUUCUAAGAUAUCAUUCUACCUUUAGAUCUCUAGAUUAUCUCUCAUGUUGUAGUCUCCAUUCUUUUGAUUUUACUCAUUUUUUCUUUGGAACUCUGAUACCCUUUGGAGACUUCAACUAUCGUGCCUCACUAUCCUUUGUGCCUAACUUCCCUUUGGACUCCUGAUAACUCAUACCCCAUUAACAUUGGAAUCAAUCUCUCAAUCUUUCGAACCAUCGCUCCAAUUCUGUUUCCCACCGCGAAUGAUGUCCUUCCGAAAUUUGGAGCUUGCGAUUGAGGGGGAGAAUGGUCAUUCUGAAGAAGAUGAUUCUGAAGUAGUCUGGCUAAACAACAAUUAUUAGUGAUUCAGAGGACACUCCCUCCGUGGCCGAUAUGAGCGAUCUAGAUCAUUCACCAGAGUUUAGUGAGCCCGCCUCUGUACCAGACAUAAGUGAUCCGACUAAACACAAUUUAGUAAGUUGGCCUCUUCUACGAACACAAGCGACCCAAACUCACCGCAGUAUGCACCGUAUGACUAUGAGAAUCAUUCUGAAGGCACAAACCUCAACAACUGAAGAUGGUCUAAUGGUUGAGUGAUGAGAGCAACUUUUUCUUGGUUUGUGAAACUUUAUGAGAUUCUUAUUUAGAACUAUUGGGAUCAAACUUUUACAACUAUAUGCUUGUUUUCCUCUUUAGAACUACUGAUUUAAACAUUUAGAACUAGUUUAGCAUUUGUAUAUUUAUUUCUUCGCUCUAAUUAUUUGCUUUAGUAUGAUCACCCUGGUGCGUGAAUAGCUUGACAAUCGAAAAUAUUCAAUCUAAGGGAGAUAAUAGGUUAAGGGGGAGCAUUGAUGCUUCCAUCGCUAUUGAAUACACGUGCCAUUAUAUGAAAAACAUGGUAUUGAAGAAAAGAAAAGUAGGGGGAGAUUGUUGAGAAAAAAUUUUCCCUUUCUGUAAAGGUACAACAACAUAAAUUAUUACUUGUCAUAUUUUUUUUUUUGAAUAUUUGAUUACAGUAAAGAAUUUCUAAAGUUAAAGAAAGAUCAACAGAAGACAGCUACCUCAAAACGAAGUAUAAAUAGAAGGAAGCAACAAGAAAAGCCUCACAGAAUGUGGCAGAGUAUUCAUACACAAAACAAGAUCAAACACUCUGUGAUUUACAAUAGGUGCAAUAAUUGAUAGGUGUUCACUGUUUAUAUUGCUUGAGUGGUUGUGUAGUUCCUGUCUUUAGCUAGUGAGAGCGCUUGUGAGGAAGGAGAAUGAGGUAUAUUUCUCUAUUCUUGUCAAGAGUUUGAGUUCCACCCAAAGGGGACUCAACUUGGAGCUAGAUCCAAAUAAGAUAAAAACCUAGAUACUAGGUCUCAAAGGGGGAGCCACCUUCGAGCCGAGACAUAAUUAAUAGGUUGAACUCGGUCAACAAAAUAACAAGUGUACAUGUUUCUCUCCUUGCUUUCCUCUAUCUUGUGUUUGCUUCUCAAUAGGUACACAACCUUGUUGGUCUAAGGUUGAAGACAAUCAAAUAAUGGCCAAAGCCCAUCUCGUUAAACUCCUUGGCUUUAGCAACGGAUCAAGCCCAACCCACAACUCAAGAUGACCGAUCCAUAACUAAUAUGAUUUCAUUUCUCGUAUUUACAAAAUAAUUUAUGUUCUACACGUGUCCUACAAUUGGUAUCAGAGCAUGUCUCUCAUGAGGAACAAGAUCCAAGGAUGGAAGCUACAAGCUCAUCAACCAGAAUGAUGAGUCAUUUGCCUCCAAUCACGCAUGCUGAAGGAUAGUUUGCAACAUGACCACCAAAACUCAACGACAAUAGCUAUGCCUUUUGGAAAGGUUGCAUGGAAGAUUUCCUACAAGCCUAUGCCUUGAAGGUCCGGAUCAAUAUCAAAAGAAGACAAGAGCAAGUUGAGAACGAUGACAAAAGUUGGUCAGAAAAGAUCUGGUAAGUUUACAAAUCAACGUCAAAGCCAAGCACAUCCUUAAAUGUGAUAUUGGAAGAGAAGAGUACAGCGAAGUAACAAUGUGCAAAACCUCAAAAGCGAUCUAGGAUAGUGUGGAGGCUACAUAUGAAAGUAGGUAUCAAAUUAAAGACACCAGGAAUAGAAUGCUAGUAAGAGAAUAUGAAUUAUUCAAAAUGAGUGAAAAUGAAAACAUUAUUGAAAUGUAGGAAAUGUUCACAAAUAUAGUAAGUGGCUUAAUAACUUAUGGAAAAAUUU